AUGCCGCUCUUCCCGAGAAGCAGGCACCAGCAGGGGCUGAGCUACGGCCACCUGCUGUGCGCCGCCGCCGGCUUUGGGCUGCUGAUGUACAUGAGCAUGUCCGGGGUCACCUACCGAAUUCAGCCCGCCUCCCUGCCUGCUGGCCGCAACGUGUUGCUGCCCGGAUCCAUUGGAGCCACGCACAGGGCCGCGGUGGACAGGGGGGCGCAAGCGACGGACCUGGGAGGCAGUGUUCCAAGCGACCGUGGGGCUGGUUUGGGCGAAACGGACGCGCGCGUGGGCAAAGGCGGAGACCCACUGCGUGAGAAGGCCAUCCGAGCGAGGGCCAAGGCGGCAAUCCUUGGGGCAUUUGUGGCAGACGCGGCGUCCAUGGGCCUUCACUGGAUCUAUGACACGGAUACAAUAAGGAGCCUCCUGCGAAGAAACGAUCGAAUAGGAAAGCCGGAGUUCUUCGAACCUCCUUCAUGCCCAUUUUACCACUAUGAGAGCGGACGCCUGUCACCUUAUGGAGAUGAGGCACUCCCCGUGUUGGAAUCCAUGGCUGAGCAGGGAAGGUUGGAUCCCCAGCACCUAUUGCAGAGGUUGUAUGACAGCUUCAAGACCUACAGGAGCAAUGGAGGUCGUCUCAACAGGGCAUCUAUAGAUAUGAUGCGAAAUGUUGAGGCUGGGAAGGCGUUCCCUGCAGCUGGCGCAAAUAACAAUGAGGCCCAUGCUACAGUCAAGGUUCCGAUUGUUGUGGGGCGGUAUGCAGGGCUGGCAGAAAUGAAGGACCGAAUGCUGGACGCUGUCCGAACCCAUCAGAACAAUGAGGAUGCCGAGACUGCAGGUCUUGCUGCAGCCCUGUUGCUUGAACGUGUGGUCCUUGGAGACUCACUUGCAGCAGCUCUCACAUGGGCAUCUGGAUCUGCUGCCUUUCCAGCAGCAGCACGACCAUGGCUGUCCAAAGCAUUACAAUCGCGCUUUGAAGACUCUGUGGCUGCUGUUGAGUCGUUUGGGCAAACGUGUCAUUUGCCAGACAGCUUUGAGAGCACCAUGUUCAUUGCGAAUCACAGUCAGAAUUAUGCACAGGCUGUGCGGGAUAAUAUAAUGGCAGGAGGAGACUGCUGUGGCAGGUCGCAUUUGUUGGCUGCCCUCUUUGCUGCACAGGGUGGACUGGAGAGCAUCCCAAAGGAUUGGAAGGAUAAGACGACCAUGUAUAAUGAUCUUGAACCCUUGGUGGACGACCUGUUGGAGCGAAGGUCAGAUCACCCUUCUGUGAAAACUGCACAAACUUAG